GAGUAGAGAGUGGGCGGGGCGAGCCGCCAGCUGGCGCGCGGGCGGUCUCUGUGAGGAAAACAGACGUUAAUCGGCCGUUGGUGGGGCUGGUACGUACGUGAGCGUCCUGGCUGGGGUUGAGAGGUCCCCUUCCCCCCAAGCCCGAGGUCUCACGACUCCCGGCGAUGUCCCAGGAGACCCGGACCCACGCCACAGCCUGAAGCUCCGUGAGGAAACCGAGGCAUCACAGGUGAUGGCGGAGCCGGGUGCGGGAAGCUUGAACGCGGUGGCGCUCCCACCGCCUCAGCUGCCAGAGGGGCGGGGAGCCUUCCACGUCCCCGCGGGCUGUGACCACCCAGCCCCGAUCCGAGGCGGUGGGGAUUGCGGUUUCGAGGCGACCGAAGCGGGGCAGGCGGAGGCUCCGCCUCUCACGGAAGGCCUGGAAGCUGUGCCGGUGUCCGUGGCAACGGACAACAGCCUGAAAAAUGGCUGUCAGAGCGGAGAGCCGCGCGGCCCCGGUGGGGAGAAGCCAGAGAGCUCCGGGUUUGAGGUGUUGGCAGCGGUGAAGGCCGAGGAGGUGGAGACCGAGAAGUGCACCGUUUCCUCGGUAGCAGUGGAUGAGGAGGUGGUGGAGAAGGAAAGAGUGGAGGAGGAGGAGGAGGUGGAACAAAAGAUGGCGGUGGAGAAGCAUAAAGUAGGUGAAGAAAGAGAAAUGAUGGAGGGAAAGAGAGUGGGGGAGGAGGAGAAGGAAGAAGCAGGGCCCCGAGCCUUGAAUAUGGAUCUCCGCAUGAACCCCCUGGAAGCCAUCCAGAUGGAACUGGACACUGUGAAUGCUCAGGCCGACAGGGCCUUUCAGCAACUGGAGCAUAAAUUUGGGCGGAUGCGUCGGCACUACCUGGAGAGGAGAAACUACAUCAUUCAGAAUAUCCCGGGCUUCUGGGUCACUGCCUUCCGGAACCACCCCCAGUUGUCCCCCAUGAUUAGGGGCCAAGAUGCAGAGAUGCUAAGAUACAUAACCAAUUUGGAGGUCAAGGAGCUCAGACACCCUCGAACUGGCUGCAAAUUCAAGUUCUUCUUUCGAAGAAACCCUUACUUCAGAAACAAGCUUAUUGUCAAAGAAUACGAGGUCAGAGCCUCCGGCCGAGUGGUGUCUCUUUCCACUCCCAUCAUAUGGCGCCAGGGCCAUGAACCUCAGUCCUUCAUUCGCCGGAACCAAGAUGUCGUCUGCAGUUUCUUCACCUGGUUUUCAGACCACAGCCUUCCAGAGUCCGACAAGAUUGCUGAGAUUAUCAAAGAAGAUUUGUGGCCCAAUCCACUGCAGUAUUAUCUGUUGCGUGAAGGAGUCCGCAGAGCCAGACGUCGCCCAAUAAGAGAGCCAGUGGAGAUCCCCAGGCCCUUUGGAUUCCAGUCUGGUUAAUCUCUGCCUUUGGAAAUACUGCACAAGGUCCCCUACCACCUCUUGCUGGACCUGUGCUCGGACAACAGAAAUGGGUAUGCCUUUUUUUUCCCCCCUGACAUUUCUACAGCCUUUUUCCUCUGGACAUUGUUUUCUCAACCUCAAGACUGAGACUUUGAAGGCCAUGGUCCUCCAUUUCCACAUGGCCUUCAUGCCAUUCUGCAUUACUGUCACAUGCUGCAUGGUCAUGAUUCACAUUACUCCUAGGCCAAGCACAUGAUGCUGUAAAUUGCAUUACCUUUAUCUGCACUGCAUGGACCGUGUUUGUUCCCAGGCCCUUUGGUCUGGCUCUUAGCACCUGGAAUUCUAGCUUUGCCUAGAAGCUCAUUCUACCCACUUUGCUCAUUAGAACAGGCACGUAGCCUGUAGACAAUUGUGGGACAGAGAGAGCAGCAGCGUGCCACUUAGUCUGUGUGAUUUAUGUACUUCCAUUGCUCUUCUUGCACCUCUGGUCACCUCCUACUCCCUACUACUGGCCGUGCCUACCCACCUUGGGCCCCUGCCUACCUUGCAGAUAAUUGUUGGCCCCACUGUCUGGUUUCUGGUAGACAAGAAUCUCUAGAACUGCCAGGGGGACCCAGGUUUCCUGCCAGCAUACAAACACCCUUCUCUUCCUUCCCACAAAAGAUCUAGAUUUCCUCACCUCCCCUUCCCUCCAUCUUGGUGAUCCAGAACACUACUAACUGUCAAGCUAGUGGUCAAAAUGACAUGUUAAACCUUAUUCUUAUGGCAAGAGUAAGGAUGGUGUCCAUUCUAAUUACCAGGCUUUCUCGGCCUCAACUAGUAAAUUCACAUGAAACUUAGGUAUACCUCUUGUGCCUCCUCUCCUUAACCCUGAACGCUAUUAAAUGCCAGGGUGGCAGUACAAUUUCUCUCUGUCUCCUGUCUCUUAAAGAA